CAACGUAUUACGAGUAAAAUUUUUUCAGUCAACAUUUUUUAAAUCAACAGUAUCUUAAGAAACAACUUAAGACCAUGUCGAAAGAAACUGUCGCUCUUCCAGCUGCUCAGAGCUCCCAGCUCUCUCAGCUGGAAUUGCGUGAUCGCGCAGUAGCGAUUCUAGAGGACAUCUCCCGCCUCGACAGUGGUUCUGCCGGUGACGCUGAGAGAAUAGACUCACAGAUGGAGGAGCAAAUGCGCAGAUUCGAAGCGUUAGUGGAGGAGUAUCAACAACAGCGAAAUUUUGGCGGUUACUUUAAGGCUGCGCCUAAUCCAUCUCUGUAGACAUCCCUCAAGCAUAUGCGCCUCAAUACCUGGGAGAUGCUGACGCAUAUGCUUGAGGGAUUUCCACAGGGAUGAAUAGGGGAGAGGUCUAAUUACUAUGGUAAUGCGACGACCACCUCGAGCAAAGUGGCAGCUCGGUUGGGCUCGUGGGAGAAACAGAAGGCCAUAGCGCGACUUGGCAAUGCCCUCCGUAGCAGUGAUCUCAUACUUGGAGACGCGGGGGUAAAUCGAGAAUUGGCCGGAGCGAGCAUUGGCCUAUCCGACGCAGACACUCCUGCUCAACGCGUGCCGCAACUCGAACGAGCCGGGGAUUGGACCACUGCCAGUCUCGAACGUGAAAUAAGUGGGGCAGAUGGAAUUCUUAUGUCGCCCACGUAGGAAACGAUCCAUGACGAAUUCUUCAUCUUGAACUACUUAGUACAAGUGUUAGUAAGUACAGGCUGUGCUUCAUGUGAUUCAGGGAAAUAAAAUCUAGUUGUACAACGCUUAGCCUGUGCGCCGAUCAAGAUAUGGCAAUCGCAUUCAUCCCAAAAUAUUUAUAAGUAGAGUUAAUAUUUGGCUACAAAUCAGUCUUCUUGAGUGAUCCGUGGCUACUUUUGGUUAUACUUGAUAGUCUAUCACUCGGUCCAAUUGCUCUUCUUUUUAGAAGGUACAACUAGGCUGAAUUACCUCAAGGCUACUUGACCACGUGGCUUAAGAGGGCACAUGACAUGACAUGACAGUCUUCUUGAGUGACUGAAUCAUGGCACGCAUGCUCUCCAAAAUCUCUCUAAGAUUCGGCGCGAGGUCAGUUUCGCCUUAUAUACAUCAUCCCCGACGCCCCAUGAGCUUCCGCAUGCGGAUCCUUUGUCAGACACAGAACGGAAACUUCAAUUAAGCGCUGAACAAGCAUUUCAUUUUUUUUACAUGCUUUUGUUUUUCUCCCUUGUUAAGAAUACGAUUGUUUUUGUUCCUUUAAGAUUAAGAAUUACGAUUGUUCCCUUAAGAAUAUAUUUAUAAGAGUGUUUCAAGUUCAACCUUAAGAAUAAGAUGGUUCCUUUUCUCCCUUAAGAAUGUUUCAACCUUUAACAGCAAAGAGUUUCACUCCUGAGCAGCUAGUAAGUGGCGAAGUGUACGACAUGCCCUUAACUCGCAAGGAAAAGAUACGUGGGCUGUGCAUCCUCCUGACCGCACUUUUUGUUAAGGUCAGCUUUAAUCCAUCUUUCUCAGUAGCUCGAUGAUACCCUUUUGUUUGCCUCGUAUCCUUUUCAUGGGAAACAAAGGGGUCGAGAUGACGGGACCGCGAUGAAUCAAAGCCGACACUAAUUUUCCCGUCCUUCUGAUGAUUAUCUGGAAGCCACACCAACUUCCCGAAGGUCUGCACACGAGCAAGCUGGAGAACUACAAUGUGUUUAUCACGUCACCUCUCUAUGCGUUGUCCGCGGAUGAGACGCUGACGAUUGCGCUGCACAGCAAAACCCAAGUCGCUGACUUGCGCAUGUACGUUGCUCCUGGAGCAGGCAGCAUCAAUUAAGGCUAGUCGAUCAGUAACACUUCUAUCGGGUAGUUCUGGUGUUCUGGUGAUGUGAGGCGACAUAUUACAUUAGAAGGAACAAAGGCUGAUAGGAGGAAAGGGGUAGGAACCCACUUCAAAGUGGGUCCCCUUCGAAGAAGUCAAGGGGGUUCUGUAAGUAAACGGAAAGACAGGUGGGAUCCAAAUCCAUUGAACCAGAGAUGAAAGUGAUUGACUGGCGUUAAACUAGGUGGGAGGUCUUUCGCGCCGAUUUCAAGUUGGUGUACGACACAACUACAAACACGAUGAACAACAACGUUCUGCACAGUGGAGGAGUAAAGUAUUGGUACCAAAAGGAUGGCGACCAAGCGAUGCGUACAGCCUUGUACGGAGUUACGGCGAAUAACUCGCGCAGCAUCCUCCACGAAGGGGUCUUGUCUUAAGGGAAGGAAGGAUAUCCUUGCGUCGUAGAUAGGUCUAACAGUUUUGAUACUGUAAGGUCAACAACGGGUACUGACACGAGUUUUUUUUACCUUCUGAAGAAGAAAGUGUCGGAAUACGAAAGAUCUCCAAAUUCAACAACAAUAUGACGAAUAUUACGCUCUACAGAUUCUGGUCUCUUCUGGUCAACUUGCUCAACAAGGUCAUGAUCAAGGGUUAUGUGGCUACAACUCUUUUUACAUACAUCUACAGACUCAUCAAUACCUUUGUCCUUGUGGCAGUCUGCACUGAACUCUGUGCGAGAUUAAUUGUAUUGUCUUGUAUUGCUAUUGUCAUAGCUACACUCUAAUUCACGCUUUCCACGAACGAGGAAGUCGAAUUCUUCAAGACAUUGGGUGAUUUAGACACGGAUGGCGUCAUGAUAGGUUCCGGCGGAGGUUCAGCAUCUUCUAGUGGGACUUCAAAUUUGCCGCUCUUCGCUGAGAUUCACUAUCUUCCACCUUCACCCAGGGAACUUACUUAAGGCUCAGCUUUCAAUGGUCACCAUUGAGAUUGGAGUCACUGAGAUCGAAGAAGCGACCUUCCCUUGAGAGUAGAACAGGGGAAAAGGAAGGGAAAGGGGAGAGCUUUGAAGGGAGGCUCCUCCGUUCAGCAUCAUGAUGGCCAUUGAAUGCUGAGCUUUAACUUACGGAGCGAGAAGCGGACGAGACAAGAGUCUCUUUAGUACGAACCACGAAGCGCCGCACAAGAAGAAGAACUACGAAGGCCAGUGGUCUCUUUAGAAUUAAGGCUUAGUACCCUAAUGCAUCUUCUGACGCAUCUUAGACCUGUCCCGUAAGGGGAAAAUAGGUCCAAGAUGAAUCCCGCGAUGGAUUAGGGUGAGCGCUAAUAGAAGUACAGGAGUAGAGGACGACGUCUUCACCUCUCGAGGCGGCCUACGGAUGCUGAGUGAUUCCUCGUCCGAGCACCGCAUAGCUGGUUUCAAGGUGCAAGUGGUCGAAUUUGAAUGGUUAGGGCACGGUCGCCUGUGGCUCGCAGCAGUGCUCUUUCUCGUAACUUUUGGUUAUGACCUACUUGUGAUGACACUAGCAAAAGGAAGGAUUACUGUAAGUUGUUUAACAAGUAUUUCAAGAGAAGAUAGAUGAGUUAUUUCUCCAUAAAUUCACUUUAACAAGCGUUUGUUGAGCAUACCAAAGAUGAGUUUCAGGUGAGUCCUCCUCUUCCUCUAAAAUCCUUUUAUCCUUGCAGAAGUAGUCCAUCGAGUAUAUGUGACUUUGAUCGGCGCAACCGUCGGUCUCUUUCUCGUAACGCUGACACACGAGCAAAUCCACUUACCAGAAGUAGUAGCGAUGAUCGACUUCGGCACGCUUCUGCUACUCUUUAGCAUGAUGUUAUGAAGAUGCAAUGUAUAGUUUUAGUUAUGUAUUCAAUAGUAACAUAUGCCCUAAAGUAUCGACAUAAGUAACUCAUCUGUAACAUGAUUUAGGAUACAGACAAUUCAAAUUUUGGAUAUAGUUUUUAGAAGAUAUUAUAGCCCUGUUGUUACUACUGUUCAGUAUGAUCUUAUGAAGAUAUGGUAGGUGAUGAGCAGAAAUCAAAAGUCGACGUAGAAAAUAGCCGUAGUCGCUUCCUUCCUAUAUCAAUGGUUCUAAACUUCGUGAAUGUCAAUUUUUUGGCACAAACCGGUUUCUUUCAGUGGGCCAGCGUGCAGAUAGUACGGCUUUCGUCGAAGCCUGUAGCUGACGAAGGGAGCUCAACUACCGACGUCAAGGCAAACGAGGUGAAAAACAUUGCACCGCCGUCAAUCCAAGCUGGAGCGUCAAUACCAUCUUCUGGAGCAGAUGCAAGUGUAGCUGACGCUUACGACGGGGUAGAUGAAGGAAGGACGAGAAAUGAUGAUCUUUUGAUCGGUGCGAGUCCGAGUGCGAACAAGAACACGAGAGCCAUUGAGGGCGACCAUCAGACUGCUGACGAUGGCGGGUCGAAACAAGCUGUCCGAAGCCUCGACGAAGUGGCCCUGGCGCUCGACCCAGUGCGGCAAAAAACUGGAGAGGCUCCCAGCAAUUUUGCUCUCCCUGCCUCCGUUUCUAGUGCAAGUGCAACCCCUGGUAUGCUUUUAUGGUCUAUAUCGUAUAUAUAAUUCAUCUUGAGACUCAGAAGCAUCUUUGUCCACUUUCCCUUUGAGGAGGAACACUUCGUUGGCAAAGAUGCAUCAGGCUCAAGACCGAUUGGUGAAAGCUGCUCUAACGCUGGUCGACUGCAACUUGACGAGAGUGUUUUUUCUUCUCGCGAACAUUACUGGUGUUUUGUCUGCUUUCCUAGACAACGUGACGGUCGUGAUGCUCAUGGGCCCAUUAACCAUCCAACUCGCGCGGACGUUCGGACGAAAUCCUAAACCGUUCUAUCUGAGCCAGGUGAUCUGCGCUAUUAAGGCUCGCGAUAUUUCAUCUCAUUCGUAUCUGUCAGUACAUCGAUCGAUCGCUGAAAAGUAUUAGCAUUUCCCCUGGAUACAUCAGCUAUUAUCAACAAAGCACGAGCACCAGGUCAAAGAUGAAUAUCGGACAGCCCUAACGCAGCUGUUGGGGGAACCGCAACGUUGAUCGGAGACCCGCCAAACAUCGUCAUCGGCUCAAUGAUGGACAUUGGCUUCGCGGACUUCAUCAUCUACAAUACUCCGCUGAUCGUCAUCUUGCUGCCGCUGAGUUCGUACCUUCUGUAUCGGCAGUUUCGAACGGAAGUCGCUGGAACAGCCCGCAUCGACUUGUCGCUGCUAACCCGCGACAACAGAAUCACUGAUCGGUAUUAUGAAAUCACGCCCGCGUGUUUGCUCGCAUAUUUAUCUUAGGCAUUACGCCACAUCCGUGCUGACUGCAUUGAUCAGCAGCGUGGUGGAAGCUGGCGGAAAUUCGUUGUAGCGUUUCCCGAAACACUCUCUCUCUUGAAGGUGUCCCUAGACCUAGUAUUCCCCAAGUAUUUCUGAUCAAGAGAUAGGCCUUCACCACAUACUCUCGUCUAAUGCUGCAUGCUACUGCAGGUUGGUGCGGUCUUCGCGGCGGUCUGCUUCGGCCUCUUUCUAUCGCCAUUGCACGGCCAGGAAGUAGCUUGGUUUACCUUUCUUGGUAUGUUAUUCCUCUGUCUCCUACUCAGCCACCACGAAAUUCAUCAUGUCUUGGAAUCCGUCGAGUGGGAUGUGCUACUCUUCUUCGCAUCGUUGUUCGUACUAGUGGAGUGCCUCGGUGAAAUGGGGCUGAUUCGCUUAGUCGGUGACGCAAUGGCCGACGUCAUCAGAGGAAUGCCAGCCGAUGCUAGAUUCCCUGUCGGCAUGCUCCUAUUCCUCUGGGUCUCGUCGAUGGGGUCAGCUUUUCUCGAAUCUCUACCCUAUACUACAACAAUUAUGGCGAACUCCUAAGAAACAAGUUUAUUUAGUCCUCUAAGAAAAGAAUGAGGGACUCAUGUUUCAACAAGUUUCAGAAGUCCUCUAAGAAAAGAAUACAACUUGUCAGGUUUCAGUCCACAAGUUUCAGUCCUCUAAGAAAAGAAUGAGGGACUCAUCUAGACAAAGUACUGAACGAUUCUAGACGAAGUAUAUAACACCAUGACUUUUGGGUGUGCGACUUGUACUAAAAAGGAAAAAUUUCCAACCUGGAUUUGAUUUUUUCUAUCUCACCUUUCGGGCCUGAGAUACGAUGAGUAUAAGAAAGUGCUUACUUGUAUCUUUACUAUCUUCUCUAACCUCUUGUGUUAUCUGCUGAAGGCGAUGCACGUGGAAGAGGACUCGUUGGGCAUCUCGGUCGGAAAUUUCUCCUACGCCCUUUCAGUCGGUGCUUGCGUGGGAGGCAUUGGAUCGAUCAUGGGUUCAUCUUAAGGUCGAUCAUUAGUAAUGAACAGUUGUCAUAGAGCGGAGCUUGUCAUGUUCACAGUGAGUUACACUUACACACACUAGGCUGCCUUAGGAGUCUUUGUGUCCAGAAAGACACUGCUCCAAAACUUUAAACUAAAGUCCACCACCUCCUGCAACCUUGCUGUGCACAGUUGUUGUGUGUUACACUUACUACACACUGCAUGACAGUGAAGCCGAGGCAUCCUAUCCUAUCCUAUCCUAUCCCAUCCUACUGCACUCUUUUUGAGACAGUCGUAAAAGUGUUUCCCGAUUGCAUGCAUUUGCCGUUCGCAUGCAUUUGCCGUUCGCACUUACACAGAGAAGUAGAGCAAUAAGAAUUCCCAGCUUCUUGCUCACAGUCACAGUAGUUACACUCAAUCUCAUCAAAGGCAAAGGCAAUGCUGUCAGUCUUAAAUCAAACUCGUUUUCGUUUGUCCUUUCUAAUGAUAUUGUUUAGUCUCCUAGAUAGUACAUGUAAGACUAUGUGAGACUCAUGCCAUGCCAUUUCUAAUCUUUCGCAAACCUGGUAGCAAUGGGCAUUUCGCAACGAUACAUGCCAGCAGACGCGCCCGCAAACCACCGAAUACAGGGUCGCGACUACCUGCGACAUGGCUUCCCUCCACUGGUAGUCUUAAGGGUAGGUUAAAGGUGCUUUUCUUACCGCUUUUUAUGCCUCUCCUAAGGAAGAAAGGCAUAAAAAGAGGGGUAAGCAAGCACCAAAAACCUACCUCUAAUAGUCCUCACACUCGUAACGUCGCUGUAUCACUACCUGGUCUUUUCUGUCAUCACGGACGGUUCAGUCCCUAGUUCCUGAGUGCGAGCAAGUCAAGGGGCUCACGGAGAUCCUUUGGCAGAAUGUAGUUGGAAGGAUGUCUUUCUGGAAGAAUGUCUUUUUAGAGGAGCGUCUUUCUCGAAGGACGUCUUUCUGGAAAAGAAUGUCUUUUUAGAGGAACGUCUUUCUCAAAGGACGUCUUUCUCAAAGGACGUCUUUCUCAAAGAUCUUCUUGCUCUAAGAACAAUUGCGUAGAGUAGACUCCUUAUCUUCAAUAGGCGCCUCGGGUCGUCUGUAACUUUUUCUAUGUCUAUGAUAGAUUGUCAAAGAAGUGAAGAUGUGCUUGUUGAACAGACGUCGCUACAGCUUUGUGCAAAUGGUCAUUGUAAAGAGAAGGCAAAGGCAAACAAUACGGUAACGCCCAAGUGAGGAGAAGCCUCCUCAGUAAGAGCAAACUGGUA